AUGGCACCGUGGUGCUACUGUUUCCUCUGCCUCCUGAUCAGGAGUCUCUCUGGGACCCCCUCCAACUCCCCAGGUGAAUCAAGGAACCCCUGGGCCCAGGUUGCCCCCGUGGCCCCCGGCGAGGUGGUGAAGACUGCAGGUGGGGUGUGCAAAUUCUCUGGACAGCGACUGAGCUGGUGGCAGGCCCAAGAGUCCUGCGAGCAGCAGUUUGGCCACUUGGCACUGCAGCCCCCUGAUGGGGCUCUUGCUUCACGGCUGCGCGAUCCGGUCUGGGUGGGCCAAAGAGAGGCCUCUCUGCGGAGACCCCCACAGAGGCGUGCGCGCACCACCGCCGUGCUGGUGUUCGGCGAGAGGACGGCUGACCGGGCGGCGCGGCUGCGGAGCCCUCUACCUGAGCUGGCAGCGCUGACCGCGUGUGCUCACGUGCAGUGGGACUGUGCCUCGCCCGAUCCCGCAGCGCUCUUCUCCGUUGCCGCGCCCGCGCUGCCCAACGCGCUGCUGCUGCGCGCCUUCGCCGAGCCGGGGGGCGUCGUGCGCGCUGCGCUGGUGGUGCGUGGGCAACACGCGCCCUUCCUCUCAGCCUUCCGCGCCGACGGCCGCUGGCACCAUGUGUGCGCCACGUGAGAGCAGCGGGGCGGGCGCUGGGCGCUGUUCUCCGACGGGAGGCGGCGCGCUGGGGCGCGGGGGCUGGGCGCCGGCCACCCGGUGCCGUCCGGCGGCAUCCUGGUGCUGGGCCAGGAUCAGGACUCUCUGGGCGGUGGCUUCUCGGUGCGUGACGCCUUCAGCGGCAACCUCACCGACUUCCACCUGUGGGCGCGGGCGCUGAGCCCCGCUCAGCUGCACCGGGCACGGGCCUGCGCGCCACUCCCAGAGGGCCUGCUCUUCCGCUGGGACCCGGGCGCCCUGGACGUCGCACCCUCGCUGCUGCCCAUGGUGUGGGUGCGCCUUCUGUGUCCCGUGCCCUCCGAGGAGUGCCCUACGUGGAACCUGGGACCUCGCAGUGCGGGCUCUGAGCUCUGCCUGGAGCCGCAGCCCUUCCUCUGCUGCUACCGGACAGAGACCUAUCAUCGGCUGCAGGAUGCCCAAUCAUGGCCUGGCCAGGAUGUUAUCAGCCGAGUCAACGCCUUAGCCAACAACAUUGUGCUCCUCCCAGACCCCCUCUCCGAAGUCCAUGGAGCCCUGUCCCCAGCAGAGGCCUCCAGCUUCCUGGGCCUUCUGGAGCAUGUCCUGGUGAUGGAGAUGGCUCCGCUGGGGCCGGCCGCACUGCUGGCUGUUGUGCGCUUCCUGAAGAGGGUGGUGGCCCUCGGGGCUGGGCCUGUCAACCCAGAGCUGUUGUUGACAGGCCCCUGGGAGCAGCUGAGCCAAGGCGUUGUAUCUGUGGCCAGCCUGGUCCUGGAGGAGCAGGUGGCUGACACAUGGCUGUCCAUCCCUGAGGUGGUCGGUGGGCCUAUGGCUCUGGUGGAGAGUGUGCAGCGCCUGGCACCCCUGCUGAGCACCACAAUGACCUCAGAGCAGCCCCGAAUGCGCAUUCAGCACCGCCAUGCUGGCCUGGAGGUGCGGAGCUUACGCUUGAGGGAGGCCAGCAUGAGGGGCUGCUUAUUCACAAUGCCUGGUGGGCAUACAGAGGGGCCCGGCCAUAUCCACAUUCCUGCGAGUGAAGUGAGGCGACUCCUCGGGAAAGGUGGCCUCUCUGGAGUCACUGUGAUCCACAGCUGGUUCACCUCCAGAGUCUUCCAGUACACCCCAGAGGGACUGGACCUAGAGCCCCAGGCCCCUGCCAGCUCAGAGGAGGCAAACAGGGUGCAGAGGUUCCUAAGCACCCAGGUGGGGUCAGCCAUCAUCUCCUCUGAAGUGUGGGACAUCACUGGAGAGGUCAACAUGGCUGUGACUUUUCAUCUGCAGCACCAGGCCCAGAGCCCCCUGUUCCCUCCCCAUUCCCCAAGCCCAUAUACAGGGGCUGCCUGGGCCACCACAGGCUGCUCCGUGGCUGCCCUGUACCCGGACUCCACCGCCUGCUUCUGCAACCACAGCACCAGCUUUGCCAUCCUGCUGCAAAUCUAUGAAGUACAGAGAGGCCCUGAGGAGGAGUCGCUGCUGAAGACGUCAUUUGUGGGCUGUGGCGUGUCCUUCUGCGCCCUCACCACCACCUUCUUGCUCUUCCUGGUGGCCGGGGUCCCCAAGUCAGAGCAAACCACAGUCCACAAGAACCUCAGCUUCUCCCUGGCCUCUGCCGAGGGCUUCCUCAUGACCAGCGAGUGGGCCAAGGCCAAUGAGGUGACAUGUGUGGCUGUCACAGUCGCAGCGCACUUCCUCUUUCUGGUGGCAUUCUCCUGGAUGCUGGUGGAGGGGCUGCUGCUGUGGAGGAAGGUGGUAGCUGUGAGCAUGCACCCGGGCCCGGGCAUGUGGCUCUACCAUGCCACAGGCUGGGGCGUGCCUGUGGGCAUCGUGGCGGUCACCCUGGCCAUGCUCCCCCAUGACUACGUGGCCGCCGGACAUUGCUGGCUCAAUGUGCACACAUAUGCCAUAUGGGCCUUCGUGGGGCCGGUGCUCUUCGUGCUGACUGCCAACACCUACAUCCUGACCCAUGUGGUGAUGAUCACCGUGUCCAGCGCCCGCCGCCGUGCCCGCAUGUCGAGCCCACGGCCCUGCCUGCAGCAGCAGAUCUGGACCCAGAUAUGGGCUACGGUGAAGCCCAUGCUGGUCCUGCUGCCCGUCCUGGGCCUGACCUGGCUGGUGGGCAUCCUGGUACACCUGAGCCCCGCCUGGGCCUACGCUGCCGUGGGCCUCAACUCCAUCCAGGGGCUGUACAUCUUCCUGGUUUAUGCUGCCUGCAGUGAGGAGGUGCGGAGCGCCCUGCAGAGGAUGGCUGAGAAGAAGGUAGCCAAGGGACCUAUGGCCCUAGAACCCCCUCAGCUUUCUCCUCCAUUGCAAACCCGGAGAGACAGGGCCCAGGGAGGGGGAACAGCUGGCCGCAAGCUGGCAGAGGCCCCUAUAGCCAAGGGUCCCCAGAGCAAGGGGCAGCAGAAGGAGAUCCAGAGCCUUCCAAACCCGCUGAGGGAGAAGUGCUUUCCUCCAAGGCUGCGGGUCACCAGCCGGACAGCUGAUGGGGGGAGCAUGAGGCGGGCUGAGCAGUGGCAGGGUGGGUACUGUGGGAGGAAUGGGCUGGAGGCGCCCCCCACAGGCCCUCCCAGGCGCCCCCCGGGGCCAGCGCCCCUCCCCCACCUGCCCCGCCCCCACCCGCGGGCGCUGCGGCUGCAGGAACAAGAGAGCGGCGGCGCCUCUGCGCUCAACCCCGACCCCAUCCCGCGGGCCGCUCAGCGGCCGGAGCUGGAAGCGCGGGGCAGCUGGGGCUGCCGGGCUGUGUCCUUCGCGGGGCCGCCACCGCCCCUCCUGAAAGGCCGCGGAGCCCUCGGGGCAUGCGGAUGUUCCGAGGAUGGAGAAACUGAGACUCACAGCGAGGACCGGCCAAGGUUUCUAGAGAAUGGCUGGGAAACUCGUCGCCAAACCCUGCCCAGCUCAGCUCUGCUGGGACCCCAGACCCCAGAACGGCGCAGCGGAAGUCCCUGA